UGUGCCGGUUAUGAGGAAAGGUAACUCGUGUUUGGACGACAAAAAUACAGAAAAGCUUGUUGACAUAGCCAACGCUACCGUAUCACAGGUAGCUGGACAAUCACAGGGAAGCUCAUCAACCGCAAGCAUGGAGACAGUCCCUGCAGACUUCAUUGAUGGAGAUUUCAGCGAGGAUGAUGACUCACAGGACGAUGAUUGCUGGGGAAAGUUGUUCCCACUCGGCCAGAGUUUCACAGCCAUCGAGCUAAGCAAGGAUGAGUAUACCUUUGGCAGGGGAGACAACUGUGAUGUUCCAUUUUGUGCGCCGUCAGCAAAGAAACACCAGUACUUUCAAGCCUAUAGCAAAGUACACUUUAAAUUGAUCAGGCAAAAGACCAGUACAGGUGUUCACAUUUUUCUUGAGGAUACAAGUGGAAAUGGAACAUUCAUAAAUGGAGAGAAAGUUGGUAAAGGGAACAAACAGGUGCUGGCAAACAACGAUGAGGUGUCUUUAGCAGUAAAGAAGAAUAAAGCAUACAUGUUCCUUGACAACAAUGCCAAUGAAGAUACUAGUCUGCCCCAGGAAAUACGUGAAAAGUAUACACUUACGAAAACUCUAGGGCGAGGAGCGUGUGGGGAGGUGAAGCUGGCCUUUGCUAAGGGAUCAUGUGAGAGGUUUGCUGUCAAGAUAAUAUCAAAAAAGAAAUUCUCCAUCGGAGGCAACUCCCAAAUUAAUUUAAGUAAACAAGUUAUGAGCGAAGUAAAGAUUCUGAAAGCAUUAAAACAUCCAUGCAUUAUAGCAAUAGAAGAUGUGAUUGACACUCCUGAUACGCUGUUUAUAAUCCUGGAAGUUGUAGAAGGAGGCGAGCUGUUUGACAAGGUAGUCAGUAUAGGACAGUAUGAUGAACCAACCGCUAAACUCCUCUUCUACCAAAUGGUGAUGGCCUGCAAGUACCUCCAUGAUCAAGGAAUUACUCACAGAGAUCUAAAGCCAGAAAAUAUACUUCUUGCUUCAGAAAAUAAUGAAACUGUAAUCAAAGUCACAGAUUUUGGGUUGUCUAAGUUUGUGGAUGCUGGAUCUAUCAUGAAGACAUUUUGUGGAACCCCAACAUAUCUAGCUCCAGAGAUCCUUCUUACUGCCGGCUCAGGAGCCUACACAAAAAGCAUCGACUGCUGGAGUCUCGGAGUCAUACUCUUUAUUUGUCUGGCAGGUUAUCCCCCUUUUUCUGAUGAGAGGAAGGACAUGGACUUACCAAAGCAGAUCUUAGGAGCCCAUUUCUCCUUCCCCAAACAGUACUGGUCAGGCAUCUCAGAGAACGCUGUGGACUUGAUAAAAAAGUUGAUGACUGUGGACCCUAAGAAGAGAAUAACAUUAGCAGACGCUUUGAAUCACCCCUGGUUCAAGGAUGAAGAGAUGAAGCAGAAAGCCAACAAAUUAAUAUAUCCCGAGCAUGAAGGCAUGGCACCGCCAUCCAUUCUGCCUUCACCUCCCAAGAAACGUGUAGCAGAGAGUGGGGAGGAGCCUCCCGCGAAGCGGAAAAUAUCGACCGACACUGCCUCGCCCCCCGACACUCCCACUUAAUUUGUCAGACCAGUACUAGUGGCCAACUCCUAAGCCGAAAACAUACUGCCAAGUACUUUUAGAUCAAACGUCUGUACCAUGACUUGUUUCUGACAAUCUACAUUGAAGCAAUUUUAGUAAAUUUUACAUGUAUACAGAAAUAUACAAAUAAAACAAGACAUUAUUGAAUUUCAAAUUAAGGACAUGCGGAACAAUUUCCCAACACAUCACUGCAACUUGAUGGAACACUUUUACCACAAAACAAAUAUUUUCCAACACAUGACAUGAUAAACGAUUGUGCACAAGUCUGUGAUAAUUUCUUUAAAUUUAAACUGUCUGUUAAAAUUGAAUUAGCUUGACUCUAUGCUACAUUUGAUAUCAUGUGCAUUAGAACUUAUGGCUAUAUUUUUUUACAGGCUACAAGCUCUAUUUUUAGCUUGUUUGUUUGGUAAGAUAUUGCAUUUCCAUAUCUGUUAAUUGAUAAUGUAUGGACCUAAUCUUGUGCUGAUGCUGUGCAUCAAUACAUGUGUUGCAUUUAUAUACAUUUACUGGUUAGACUAUUGUUUUGGUUUUACGUGUAAUGCUACGAUAAACUUGAAGUGGCAGUGUUAUCAGUGCAACACUGUGCAUACUACUUCUCAUCUUCAUUUAACAAGACUUUAAGCAGAUCCUAAAAUGGAUGAUAACCCUUGGUAAGUGAGGAUAUGACUGUUGCCAUGUUGCUGUUCAGGAGCUUGUAGAAGAAACUUUGUUGUAAAUUAUGCUCUUGUCGUAUAUGAUAAUGCUGUCAGACAUUUACAGUAUUUAACUUAAUGACACCAAAUCAAAGUUCAACCUUUUUUCAAAGCUGUCUAUGAUAUGAUAUUAAUUGGGGUUUUGAUGUAUGAAUAUCUUAAUUUAAAAGUCUUUAUCAUUUUUUGCUUACUGUGAAAGUUGAUGAGGCUUCCUAACCACGGUCCAUGUUGUAACAGUAACUUAAUUACACCGGUGUUCAUAUAAAAUAUAGCUAGCCUUGUGUAACCACAUACACAUUACAGGACAUGAUGAAUGGUGCUUUACCAUUUCAAUGGCAAUAUCACUAAAUAACCCCUUCAAACUUCAGAUGGCAUUCAUAUCUGCUAUAAAAGCCACAGUAACAUUAUUGAUGUCAUCAUUAUGAUGGCAACAUUCGAUACCACUAACUCUUCCUAGAAGGUGGCUUUCGUUUAUUGAACAGGGUUAUACUGUAUUUAUAUAUUUCAUCUGUAGCUAAUUAUAUAUAUAUAAAAUUAAUGCAUACUUUUUAUAAAUGAAUCAUGUUUUCAAUAACACGGAGCUAUUUUGAAAAACUUUCGGUAUAAUUAGUACAAUAAUGUAUUAACAUUGAACUGCUUUCAGAUUUUGAGCGCUCAUAAUGAAAUAUGAAUGCAGAUUGGAAAUGUACAAAUUCAAUGUGAAGCUUUUACAUGUUUCAUGGAUUGUUAUUAUCAUUUAUAGUUGGAUUUGUAGUAUCCAUCAAUGAACGUUAUAAAAUCAUGUGACUGUUUGAAUCAUGUGUACUGGGAUAUGAUGUAGUACUCAGACAGCAAUACAAGAGUUUUCUAGCUCAAGUUUUAGCUUCAACUUUCUUGUCUUUACAUAUUUGUUACCAUUAUCGUCACAAUACCAAGCUGGUCUCAAAUUGAUUGAGGGGUGGGUGUAUAAUAAUUUAUAAAUCAUGCUAGUUCCUAAAUAGCUCAGUGACAUUGGUAAAUAUCAAGUGACCAAGUGUUUUGUAUAUUACAGUUUGUUUACAUAAUUGUGUGUUAAUAUUAGGUUUAUGUACUUGAAGGAGUACUGGGAGCAUGGUCACCAUUGAUUGCUUCCUUUAUAGUUGGAAAAAAUCUGAACAUCAAAAUUAUUUGCGACAUUGUUCUAAAUGUAGCUGUUGUUAUGAAGUUGUUUUCAGUUUUUUCCAUGUUGGAAACUGGUGUCGUGUUUAUAAAAUGACUUGUUAAACAUAAUAUAACGUAAGAGGAGAAAGUUUAUCAAGCAUGUUUAAGUAACUAUUCAAUUUUAGAUGCUACUCUAUUGAACUUUGCAUGUUUUGAAUAUUUAUUAUUUUAUUGAAUGUAGUAUAAUAUUGAAAACCGUCACUCUUUUGAGAACUAUGUCACAGACGGAUGUAGGAUUUAAUACUACAAAUGUUUCAUCAAAGAAUUAGAGAGUAGAGAAAAGGUAGAGGUGGAAAAAUAUAAACAGGCGACAAUUGUAAAUAUUUAGUUUGACAAACAAAAAGAGUGGAGUAUGCUGAAUAUGUUGUGUAACUAUGUAAAUAUUGAGUUUAAUGCAUUUAUUUUAAUUUUGUGUUUUUAAUAGCAGAUUUUUAGACGUUUUUUGUACAUUUUUUCUUUGAUAUUUCCAUGAUUUCAUCAUUACAAGUAGGUAUACUGUAUAACAGCUGUUCUCAAUCAGGUGUAUAGGGAAUCAAUUCAGCAUUCUAGAAGUAUGAAAGGUUUUUCUGAUACAUAAUAUAUUCCAAAAGUAUAAAUAAAUUUUCCAAAGAAAUCUUGACAUUUGAGUGAGCAAUAUGCUAAUAAACCUGAAACUGUUGAUUUUUUCUGUUUUUUUUGGCAGUGGUCCUCUCACGAAAUGUCCUGACGUUUCAUUGGUUGUCAUAAAUAACUUGUCACCCUUGUAUUAAGACGUCCUAAAUCACCUUUAUAUCGUUCCUAGAGAUUACAUAACUUUUACAUACUUAACUUUAAUGAAGAUAGGACUUAACUCAUUCACCCCUGAAGAUGCAUUUAAAGUCCUCCAAUUCAAAGGUUGGAAUCGUUCAUUAUGAAAUUUCAGGGGUGAACGAGUUACUGUACUGAUAAUUCCUUCAGUUUUUGUUGUACGUAAAAAAGUAAUAAUUUUGCUGUUUUGCUGAUUUAUGCUAAUUUAACCCUAAUAUACAAGACAUGUUGUUGUAAAUUAUCUGAUCAUUUAAACAACUUGCCAGUUACACGAUUGUACACUGAGAAAUGGCUGUUGUAUAAUAAGUCUGAUACGACGUUAGUAUUUUGCAUGUAGUAAUUUAAUGUAUGGAUAUUUUACAUGUAGUAAUUUAAUGUAUGGAUCCGAGGCAUUACUUUCAUGAUGUUCAGUACAUAUAAAGAGUACUCAUAUAGUAAAAAAGCACUCAAGUUCAUUGUGGAUCAAAAGAUUUCUUCAGCACGGGGAAGUUUAUAUUUGUACACAUGUAAACUCGAACUUUCCUGAGUAUUCCACUUAUUUUAAUCUAUAGAACAUGUAUUUUCUGUUCUAAAUAUAGAUAUUGGACACACUUUAAUUGGACAUACACUUUAACACUAAAGCUGUCAGUAAUCUAAUGAUAUUUGAAACCAUCUGGUUAUAUCCCUGUGUAACAGGAAAGUGAGUACGGUACGUUGUGUGAUUCCGCCGGGGAUCGACCCGUGAUCCCGCCGGGGAUCGAACCCGUGAUCCCAGACUUUGUAGUCGGACGCUCUACCACUGAGCCAAAGGGAAGUUCCCUCUUGUGUGAAGCUGGAAGGCAACCAUAUUCCUUUGUAAGAUUGAAAUUAAAAACUGCCACACAUGUCAUUACAUAUACACCGAGCCUUUACAUCGUCACCAUUAGCUUUGAUGUAUUUUUAAAUCAUUGGAUAGUAACAUGUUUUCCCAUUUACUAGGUAUUUUCAUUCCAAAUGCUUUUCACUGUAUUAUGUUUUCAAAUUUAUUUUGCACUGGUAAAUAUCACUAUUUUAUUUAACGGGACAACCAGAUAUGACUAUUGUUUGCAAAUUUCAUGUAUUUUUCAAGAUAACAAACAUUAAAGAUGGGCUCCCACUUUUAUUUUCAAACAUUCUGCAUUUUGUGUACCAAAGUUUCUGAUCUGCCGUUUAUUAAAUAAAGUAAAGGUUUUGCAUGAGUCACCUUAAGCUGUAUUGAAAAUUAUUUCAGCUUCAAUCUGACAAAUUAUAUCAGUGAGUUAAUAGUUCAAUAUUGGACAGGAUACUGAAAAUAGUUCAAUAUUGGACAGGAUACUGUAACUAAGUGCAGAACUUCAAACCAUGAGCUACAAUCAAGUUGACUUCCAUCUUUAAUGCCUACACUGUUGAUUAAUGAGUGUUUGUCUCUUGUGUAGUUUAACAGCACUGCCUAUAUAUAUAUUGUUCUGGGGCAUUCUUAGGAAAGUGUAGUGUUUGAGAGAUUUCAACUUUACAGUUCAACAUAAUCCUAACAUUCUAGAUAGAACAAAGGAUCAACUAAAAUUGUGGAUCUGCUGUAAGUUGAUUUAAUUUUCAGAAUUUCUUUGAGAUUUUCAUUACCGUGUUUUUUUUUAGUAGAAAGUGCCAUAAAAACCUUUUAACAUUUUUCAAAAUUAUUUGAAUUUCUUGUAUUCAAUUCCACAGCUGCAUGUGGUACAUAAGUACUUGGGAUGGUGUUCACUUUCAUUAUGGCAUGAACAUCGUUUUCUACUUAAAUCUCUGUACACGCAGCUGUUCAUGGUGAACCUUACUGGUUUAUGUCAUUAAAUUGAAUAUGUAAGGCACAGACAUUUUUUAGAUCUGUUUAUUAAUAAUACAUCAGAUGUAUAUAUACAUUGCGUUACAGGAAGAAAAUCAAAUGUUCAAAAGUGACUUUUUCAUGUUGUCAGUUUUAUGGAACAACAUUGUAGUUAAUGUACGAGAAUGAAUGUUAGUAUUUGAUGCAUUUUGUGUAGAAUAUUAAGGUUGUAAAGACUGCAUUUAUUAAUAAAAGGAACAAAUAUU